AUGGCUACCGCCGGUUACCACACUCGUUCCAAUAGCUUUCCCUCUCGAGCCCACCCUCUUACUUCCGAGGUUGAUGAGCAUUUGAGCAGAUUGGCAUCGUCUGAGUCGGCAUCUACAUCGUCGUCCUUAAACCAAAACCUCGGUAGACUUCAAGAUUUACAUGAUUGCACUGAGAAACUGCUUCUGCUACCCCUGACUCAACAAAUCUUAUCCCAUGAACAGCAAGGGAAAUAUGUCGAUGAGCUGUUGAAUGGAUCUCUUGGGCUUUUAGAUGUAUUCACCACUGCCAAGGAUGCCUUAUUGCAAGUAAAGGAACGCACCGUAGAACUUCAAUCUAUCUUGCGCCGAAAGAGAGGUGCUAGAAAAGGAUUUGCUAAUGAUGUUAGAAAAUACUUGAGCUCUAAGAAGGCAGCUAAAAGGGAAAUCUUGAAGGCCCUGAAGAAUUUGAAGCACAAGGAAAGCCCCGCUUUGAACGAGACCUGUGCCACUGUUAGCGUCUUAAGGGAGGUGCAAGCAGUCACUCUUAGCGUGCUAGAAUCCUUGUUCUCCUUUACUUUUGGGGUCCAGAAAGAAUCACAUAGGAGCCCCUGCGAAGGAGAACAGCAUAUCAAUGAAAUGGCAAAUGCCGAAGCUUCACUGCUGUCCCUUGCAACGAGCAAAACUGACCUUAUGCAAAUCGAGAAAGUUCAGAAUGAACUCAAAUUAUCAGAGUAUUGCCUUCAAGACUUCGAAGAAGGGCUUGAGGAUCUACUUAGGGGGCUGAUCAAAAUCAGAGUCAAUAUUCUCAACAUACUCAACAAUUAA